GUUACAAACAAACCAACAUGUGGGCUUUAGUUUUAUUCACGGUGCUUACUACCAGCGUUUUGGCUGAUAAUGACUGUAUGAAAUACGUCCAACCCCACUACUUGACAGAAUGCUGCAAAUUGGACCUUCCUGAUCCAGCUAUCCAUAUUAAUCUGAUAAAGGAGUGCCUUUCACUCCCCAAUGAAGCACCAGCGUGCGAGCGAGACAUCUGUAGCAUCACGAAGAAAGGCAUCGCCUCGGCCGAUGGAAAGCUGGACAAGAGUAAACUCAAAGAACACACUGAGAAAUUCUUCGAAUCAUCUCCAGAACUAAGCAAAGCCGUCACGGAAAAUUGUAUUAACAGGGAUAUCUCCAAGAUCGGGCCUCCAGAUAUGUGCGAGUACACCAGAUACAGAGCUUGCGUGGGAGUCCAACUGGCCAUGAUGUGUCCCGAAUGGUCCAAUGAAGGCGAGUGCGCUGGAAGCAAAGUUGCCUUCGCUGAGUGCGCGAGGAAAUUAAAAAUGGAAGCUUAAGAACUGCUUGUAUUCGUAAUUUGCUAAAUCAUAAAUAAUUGACACUAUUUUA